UCAUCGUCUUCUAUUCUCUGCCCCUUUUGGUGCCGUGUUGUCGUCUCCAUCUGAAGCCUGGGCAGGGAUCCACGCCGCCAUGACGGGGAAAGGAGAGGCGGCGGCGCACCACAGGGAGGCCGAGGAGGACGGCGAGAUGGUGGGCGUGGUGAAGCUGAUCAGCGCCGAGGGUUUCGAGUUCGUCAUCGACAAGAAGGCCGCCAUGGUCUCCAACACGCUCAGGAACAUGCUCACCUCACCCGGUGGCUUCGCCGAGUCGCGCGAUAACGAGGUCAGGUUCCCGGAGAUCAGCACCGCCAUCCUCGAGAAGAUCUGCCAGUACUUCUACUGGUCUCUCCACUACGCCAGUGGGAAGGAGACGGCGGAGUUCCCGAUUGAGCCGGAAAUAACCCUGGAGCUGAUGAUGGCAGCAAACUAUCUCGACACUUGAGCCUGUAAAAUGUGUCGUGAACAUAUGAUGAAUCCGUCAUCCAUUUGUUACUAGAAAAUGUUGUGUUGUAUGUAUUUUAAUCUUGGCUCAGUGGAUUAAGCUCUCGAUGGACACACAAAGUUGUGUGCUGCGCAACUAAUAGCAGGAAUCUGUCGUAGCUGUCAGCUUGCUUGCGAUCA